AUGUAUCAUCCCCGUCGCCCUCGACCUCGCCGCCACGGCGCCGAAUAUGAAGAGGAGGAAGAGGACGAUGAUGGACAACAACUGGAUGAUGAACGAGAACAACAUGACCAAGACGACAACGAACAACAGGCUCCAGAGAGCCCCGGACCCACAGAGUACACGCGUCCGCGACAUACUCUCAGUAGUAUAAAGAUGGCGAUAGUCGGGAUGCUGAUGGAGCUGGACGCCAUGAAGGUCCAGUACGAGCUGCUGGUCUCAGAUCUGCUUCGCUGGAUCAAAACCAAGGUGGUGCAGCUGAACGACCGGAGAUUCCCAAACUCUGUGAGGGAGAUGCAGAAGCUGAUGAUGGCGUUCAAGACCUACAGAACUGUGGAGAAACCUCCCAAAUAUCAGGAGCGUGGAGCGAUUGAAGCUCAUCUGUUCAGUCUGAAGACUCAGCUGGCAGCCAACAACCAGUGGGCUUACAAUCCUCCAGAGGGUAAAACCCUGAGUGACAUAGAGAAGAGUUGGGCUUUGCUGGAGCGAGCUGACAGAGAAAGCAGCUGCUGUCGGGCAGCACUCAGGGAGGGGUACCUGGAGGACACGCUGCGUCUGAUCCGGAGGCAGGACAUCCGCGGUCUCUCCAGCCUGGAGGAGGCUCAGGCAGCCGGCCGGCGUCUGGAGGCGCUGGCCACCGACGCCCUGGCCAGAGAGCCGCGCUUCGCCGCCCUGAGAGACAUGGCCGAGACCAUAGAGAGAGGAAACUACCACAGCAAGGAGCAGGUCAUCCGGAGAGAGGAGAACAUUAGCCAUCGAUGGAAGGACCUACUGCAGCAGCUCCAAGAGCAGAGGGGGCUUCUGGGUAAUGUAGUUGAAAAUCUGAGUGUCCUCCGAGACAUCGAGCUCGUCUCCCAGGAACUGAAAGAACUACAGUCCCAGGCCAGUUCCUCUGACCUGGGGAGACAGCUGGCUGAGGUGGAGUCUCUCCUUCAGAAACAAGAUCUUCUGGAAGCUCAGAUCUCCGCUCACGGUGAAACCAUCACCGCCAUCAGCAGCACGGCGCUGAAAGUGAAAGCGAGAGACGGUCAGCAGAUUCAGAGCAGAGUGAGAGCUCUCGACACGCAGUACAAGUCUCUGGUGUCUCUCAGCGGAAACAGGAGGAGACAGCUGGAGGCUCAGCUGAGGCUGUUUGAGUUCUUCUAUGACUGUGAGGAGGCUGAGGCCUGGCUGUACGAGCGCUGGUUGAGACUGCAGACUGCCGGACUCGGAAGAGACCUGAACCACAUCCAGCUGGCCCAACACAAGCACAAGGCGUUGGAGGCGGAGCUCCAGGCCCAGGAGUCUCUGUACCAGGGGGUUCUGGGUCGAGGUCAGGACCUGCUGUCCAAACAGAGUCAGCCCAAUCAGCGAGCCAUCCAGAAGUGGAUCCGUACCCUGAAGAAGCAGUGGAGCCACCUGACCGCCGAGGCCACGGGACACCGCAACAGACUGCAGGCCGCCGCCGCCAUCAAACAGUACUUUGCAGAUGUGGCGGAGGCCGACUCCUGGCUGGGCGACAGGAAACCGCUGCUGACCAGCGAGGAUCACGGAAAGGAUGAGUCGAGCACGGCCGCGUUGCUGCAGCGCCACCUGCGGUUGGAAAAGGAGAUGGCGGCCUACGCCUCGGAGAUAAAGAGACUAACCGAGCAGGCGAGGAGCGCCGCGCAGCAAACGGCUCUGACCGCGGAGCCUCAGCAGAUUAAGAUGAUCCAAUACAGCGACUCAUCCGGAGACGAGGACGGUCCAGGAGCGGUGACAUCACCGCCACCUAGAGCCGCGGGUGGGGGUGGGGGGGGCUCUGGGAGUGGCCCCUCUCAGAGUGAAGACAGCAGGGCCAAGGUCCGCUUCAGAUACAGCAGAGGUACUAAAGGUCAGUUUCCAUGGGAUCGUAAUGAGAUUGUAACCAUCGUCCACACUGAGCCGGAUGGAGACCGAGUUCUGGCCAGAGACAGCCGAGGAAACCAGCAGCUCAUCCCCAAAACCUACCUGACCCUGCUGCCAGCCACCACUCCUCCCACCAUCCCGCCCGUCUCCACCAAUGGCGCGCCAGAGAGCCCGAGCAGGAAGUUGAAUCGUCCGAGACGCAGCCGCUCGAUGCGUCGCGGCACGGCAGAGAUCCAGACAACAUCGCUGCCAGACCCACAGUACCAGAGAGACACUGUGGAGAGCACGCAGGCCGGCCUGGACCGGGACUACAACUCCCUGUACAACCUGGUCAAGUCGAAGACGAGGAGUCUGCAGGAGAUGCUGCGUCUGCAUCGGUUCUACAACAGCUGCCAGGAGUUUGAGUCGUGGAUGGAGGACAAGGAGAACGUCCUGAACACCUUCAGCACCGACGCCGACAACCUGGGAGUGGUUCAGGCUAAAUACGAGAACUUCCUGACUAAGUUGGCGAGUGGGCGUGGCCAGUUGGAUGACAUCAUCAGCAUGGCGGAGGAGCUGGUGAGGAGCCGACACAGUAAGCAGAGAGAGAUCCAGGCCAGACAGAGGAGCGUUUCCAAAAGGUGGGAUCGGAUCCAGCGGCUGAAAGACGAGAAAGGACACGAGCUGCUGAGCACGGCCGACGUGCAGUCCUUCCUGCAGAGCUGCGCCGAGGCCAAAGCUCAGCUGCACGGCCAGCUGUCCGGCCUGGACACCGUGGACGUGGGCUGCAGCGCCUUCACCCUGCAGGCCGAGGAGAAGAUCCAGACUCAGACCCUCCGAGACAUCCAGACCCUGGAGGCUAAGAUCGCCUACCUGAAGAACGUCGCCAAGAUGAAGCAGGACUGCAGUCCAGCCGAGAGUGCGGCCAUCGUGGAGGAGGUUCAGGGUCUGGAGGCUCUGCUGAAUCAGUUGAAGCGGCAGGCUGCAGACAGACAGCGGCUCCUGGAGGAGGCCCGCGGGCUCCAGAGCUUCCAGCAGCGGGCCAAGGAGCUGCAGCGCUGGACCGGCUCGGUGCAGGACCGCCUCCUGCAGGAGGAGACGGCCGGAGACGUGGCCUCGGCCCUGGCCCUGCUGGACCAACACCAGGAGCUCCGGCUGGAGAUGGAGCAGCACAAGAGCAGAUUGAAAGAGCUGGAGAAGUCGGGGAAGUGUCUUCUGCAGGGCUCGUCCAAUGGGAAGACGGGAGGUGUCGACAUCCAACAGACGCUCGACAAACUCAAGGCUGAUUGGUCCAAGCUUGAUAAGCUGUGGACCAGUAGGAGGGAGUGUUUGGAGCAGGGGGUGGAGCUCCAGAGGCUGAACCAGGAGGGAGACCGGAUCGAGGCGGCGCUGUCCGGACACGAAGCCCGACUCAGGGUCAAAGACGUCGGGGACUCGGUGGACAGUGUCCACAGUCUGCUGGGCCGGCAGGAGGAGCUGGACGGCCUCCUGAGGGCUUCAGACCAGCGCGUGGAUCAUUUCAGCCACCGCAGCCAGGAGCUCAUCAACCAGCAGCACUACGCUGCCAAACACAUCAAGGAGCGGAGCCGGAGCAUCCAGAGGGCCAACAAGUCGCUGAAGGAGAGCAGCAGGCAGAGGAGGAGUCUGCUCCUGGCCUCAAAGAAAUAUCAGGAGUUCCAGAGAGACGCAGAUGAGCUGCUGCUGUGGAUGGAGGAGAAGUUUAAGGUGGCGGAGGACGAGUCGUACCGCGACCCCACCAACAUCCUCCGAAAGCUGAAGAGACACGAGGCCGCGGAGAAGGAGAUGCAGGCUAACCAGGUCUGGCUGGACAGACUGGUUCAGCUGGGGCAGGAGAUGCUCGCUGAAGAGCACUACAACAGCCAGAGCAUCAGCAGGAAGUCGACUCAGCUCGGCAGCCGGUGGAGGAGACUUCAGGACAAGAUGGCCGACAGAGGAGACAAACUGAGACAGGCGGGACAGCAGGAGCAGCUGAUGGAGCUUCUGCAGGACGCCAAGCUGAAGAUCGAGGCCAUCCAGUGGAUGCUGAACAACGCCGCCAAAGGUCACGACCUCCGCUCCAGCCGACAGCUCCUGAAGGAGCAUCAGCAGCUGGAGCAGGAGGCCAAGGAGCUGGCGGAGAAGAUCAACUCCAUCGUGAGCAGGGCCAAGCACCUCGCCUCCAAUCACUUUGACUCCCAGAGGAUCCUGCAGGAGACCGACACCUACCUCACUCUGUUCAAGUCUCUGCAGAACCCUCUGGACCGGCGCCGGGCCCAGCUGGAGGCGUCGGUGCUGCUGUUUGGGUUCUCUCACGACGUGGACCUGGAGCUCAGCUGGAUCUCGGAGCGCCUUCCCGCCUCGGGAUCGACCGGAUACGACAAGUCUCUGGCUGGAGCCAUCAGCCUCGUGCAGAAACACAAGGAGUUGCAGGCAGAAGUAAACGCCCACCGAAAACACCUGAACCACGUCCUGGAGAAGGGGCGGGGCCUGGCCAAAUCCAGCAAAUCAGACGGAGAGGAAGUGCUCCAGAGGUGCACACAGCUGAGUGAAGAGUGGGAGGAGUUAGAGGAGGCCUGCAACAGGAGAGCAGCUCACCUGAGCAAGGCCAUCACCAGAGAACAGCUGCUGUUGGACUGCUCGGAGCUGGAGUCCAGGCUGACUGAGACUCUCACUCUGGUGAACACCGACGACUACGGCAAAGACCAGCUGGCCACACAGAGCCUCCUCACCAAACACCAGGUCUUGGAGGGCCAGCUGGAGGUGCUGGAGGUGGAGGUAGAGGAGUUAGGAGACCAGGUGGAGCAGGCAGUUCAGACCUGGAGCCUGGAGGAGCUCAGCAGGCCCUACAGUCGCCUCAGCAGCCUGAACCAGCAGCUGCAGCACCAGGCGGCUCUACGGGGUCAGAGGUUAAAGGAAGUCCUCCAUCUCCACGAGUUCAGCCGAGAGUCGUCCGAGUUGGACGACUGGAUGAACCAACAGAGACAGACAGCCGAGUCCCAGGACCUGGGCAACGACUACCAACACGUACAGUUGCUGCGGGGGAAGUUUGAAGGUUUCCUGAAGCAGCUGGAGGUCGGAGAGGAGAGACUGCAGAGCUGCAGCGAGCUCGCUGCUCGACUGAUCCGCCAAAAACAUCCACAGAGGUCUGCAGUCAGAGAGUCACUGCAGCAGCUCAGUGCAUGCUGGGAGGACUUGAAGGGCGUGGCCAGGGAGCGUCAGGAUCAGCUGCAGAGAGCCGAGGAGUGUUACCGCUUUUACCAAGACCUGAGCGACGCGCUGACACUCAUCCAGGAGCGACAGAAGAGCAUCCCUGACGACGUGGCGAAGGAUGUGCGAGGAGUGAUGUCACAGCUGAGGAAACACGAGGCUCUGCUCCACGAGCUGGCUGUCUCCGAGCAACAGUUGCAGGAGCAGCUGGACGACGUCCGACCUUCCUCCUUCAAGGAGGAGCUAAAGCUGGCGCGCCAGAGAUACUCGUUCCUCAACACGGCGCAGGAUUACUUCCUGUGGUGCAGCCAGCUGAUUGGUGCGAUGGCGGCCGAGGAGAGCAUCAGCGACGUGGCGACUGCCGACCUGCAGCUGGCCCAGCACCAGCAGCUGUGGGCCGAGAUGGAGGCCCGGCACGAGACGUACCAACAGGCUCGGGACAUGGGGGAGGAGCUGCAGACACAGGACAGGACCAACAGGAAGGAGGUGAGGCCUGAACAAGGGGGGGGUUACGUAGUGCUAGACAAACUGGAGGACCAGUGGAACCAGAAACAGAGCUGGUUAGACAGCGUUCACCUGGAGCAGGUCUUCUACAGAGACGCUAACAGCAUGGACAAAACGUCCAGCUCUCAGGAGGUCCUGCUGCAGAACAGCACUCUGGGAAACACGGUCGACGAGACGGAGGGUUUGAUCAAACGCCACGAAGCUUUUGAGAAGCUGCUCAGCUCGCAGGAGGACAAGCUGUCCUCUCUGAAGGAUCUGUGCGAGCGGCUGAAGAAGCAGCUGAGCAGAGAGAAGAGCGGACGGGUCAGAACCAAACUCAAAGCCCUCCUCCAGCGACGGGACAGGAUCAAGGAGCUGUCCGUCAAACGCAGGGAGGAGCUGGAGCUCUCCAGGACGCUGUGCAUCUUCAACCGAGACGUUGCCGAGGCCGAGGAGUGGGUGUCUGAGCGGAGGCAGAAGAUGGCCGAGGACGGGAAAGCCGACCUGAGCAACCUGCAGGCCAAGAUGAAGCUUCUCCAGAAACACCAGGUGUUUGAGGCCGAGAUCCUGGCGCACCGAGAGAUCAUCAGCUCCGUGCUGCGGGCCGGAGAGGAGCUGGUCUCCCUUCGACACCCGAGGUCCAAGGAGGUGAAGAGGAGCGCAGCCGCCCUGCAGCUCCACUGGGAGGAGCUGAAGAAGGCCAUGGCCACCCGAGGGAAAGAUCUGGAAGAUAACAGGGACUUCCUGGAGUUCUUGCAGAAAGUGGAAGAGGUGGAGGCCUGGAUCAGACAGAAGGAGGUGAUGGUUAAUGUCGGAGAUGUUGGGAAGGAUUAUGAACACGGAGUUCAGCUGCUGAAGAAACUCGGCGAGUUCAGGGGAACUGGAGACGGGGACGUGACCGUGGACGACGCUCACAUCACCGCCAUCAACAGACUGGCGGCCCGGCUGGAGAAGAGACAGAGCGCCGAAGAACUGCUGACUGUUCGACAGAGGAGACAGCGGCUCAACGACCGGUGGAGCAAGUUUCACGGAGAUCUGAACAAUUACAAGAGGAAGCUGGAGGGGGCGCUGGUGGUGCACGCUCUGAUCAGAGAGCUGGAGGAGGUCCGAGACAGAGCCAACGAGAAGAUGCUGCUGCUGCAGGGUCAGGACUGUGGGUUUGACGUGGACAGCGUGGAGAAUCUGAUGCGCCGCCACGAGGAAACGGAGCGAGAGGCCGGCGUCAUCCUGGAGAGGUCAAAGGCUCUGGAGACGGAGGUGUCGGACCACCUGAAGGCCCGAUCGGUGAUGAGCGACAAGCUGAAGAACAAACAGAAGGAAGUCCAGAAAGCUCUCAGGACUCUGGACCAGCAGGUGGAACUCAGGAAGGAGAAGCUGCAGGAGGCCCACCAGCUGCAGCUGUUCAAAGCCAACCAGCGCCUCCUGCUGGAGUGGAGCGUCAAACAGAGCGGCGAGAUGGCGGAGAAAGGCCUUCCCAAAACCAGAGCCGAGGCCGACCGGCUCAUCCUGGAGCAUCAGGACUGGAAGACGGAGAUUGACGCCCGCGGCGAGCGCAUCGACUCAGUCCGGGACUUCGGCCUGGGUCUGAUCCGAUCGUGUCACGGUUCCAAGGCGGAGAUCCAGAAGGCCCUGAAACAGCUGGAGGAAGCUAAAUCCGGACUGGACCGAGCCUGGCAGAACCGCAGCACGACCCUGGAGCAGGCCCGAACCCUGCAGGUCUUCCUGUCUUCUGUAGAGCAGUGUGAGAGCUGGCUCAACAACAAGGAGGCCUUCCUCUCCAACCAGGACCUGGGGGAAGCAGAGAAGCUGCUGUCUGAGUCUGGAUCAGCUGACGUGAAGGUUGGACCUCGACUCAAAGAGCUGGAGGACAGCUGGGACGCUCUGGUCCACAACUGUAAGGAGAAGAAAACCAGACUACAGGAGGCCUACCAGGCGCUGCAGUUCCAGCGUUGGCUGGACGACAUGGAGCAGUGCGUGGGCUCAGUGGAGAGCGAGCUGACCAAUGAGGACUGCGGGAGCGACCUGCCAUCCGUCAACAGGCUGCUGAAGGCUCUGCAGGGCCUGGAGGAGGAGGUGGACGGACACCGAGACAGAAUCCAGGGUCUGGUGGAAACAGCCAAGAGCUUCCACUCUCAGGGAAACUUCCUGGCGGAGGAGAUCCAGACCAGAGUGGCCCACACCAUCAACAGGUACAACAGUCUGUCGGAGCCCCUGCAGAGCCGGAGGGAGACCCUGGAGGCCUGGCAGGUUCUGUUCCAGUUUUACAGAGACCUGGAGGAGGAGGUGGCCUGGAUCAGCGACAGACUGCCCUCCGUCACGGCUAAAGACUGGGGGAGCUCGCUGAGCAGCGCCCAGCAGCUGCUCCACAAACACCAGGCUAUGAUGCACGAGAUCUUAAGCCGCGCCCCAUUGGUCCAGGCAGUUCAGGAGGCGGGGCAUAGUCUGGUCAGAGGUCGCCAUUUUGCGUCUCACGACAUCCGGGAGCGUCUGGAGGAGCUGAAGAGUCUCCGCGAGACGCUGAUGACGGAGGCGGAGAGGAAGGGGAAACUCCUGCAGGAGGCGCUCAGCAUCCACUCCUUCCUCAGCGAGGUGUCAGAGCUGGAGCUGUGGUCUGAGGACCAUCAGGCUGGUCUGGAGUCCCAGGACUGUGGGCGUAGCGAAGAGACUACAGAGGCUCUGCUGCGGAGGCUGGACUCUGUGGACGGAGAGCUGGACAACCAGAGGAGGACGCUGGAGAGACUGCAGGAGACCGGAGCCUCCCUGCAGCAUCUCGGACACCCAAACAGCCACCUGGUCAGCGAGUCCCUCCCAGGAGUCCUCGAACGCUUCGAGACUCUCCUCCGACUGUCCGCCGCUCGCCGCGCGGCUCUGGAGGACCAGCUCCGCCUCUACGUGUUUGAGAGAGAAGCCAAAGAACUACAAACAUGGCUGACUGCCAAGAAGGCUGUGGCCGAGUCGAAGGACUGCGGACAAGAUCUGGAGGAUGUCGAGGUCCUCCAGAAGAAGUUGGAGGUUCUGGUGUCGGAGAUGUCCAGUCUGGGUCGCAGCCGGCUGACCUCGGUGCAGCAGCUGGGCCGAGGGCUGCAGCGGGACGGCCCGGCCCGGAGGAGGGACGAUGCCCUCAGCCGGCUGUGGGACGAACUCAACAGCAGCAUCCGGACCAGAGAACAGAACCUGCAGUCAGCGAGGGAGGUUCACCAGUUUGAUCACGACGUGGACGAGCUGAAGGGCUGGAUGGCGGAGAAGGAGGCGGUGCUGGACUCGGAAGACCAGGACCACGACCACGACCACGACCUGCACUCCAUCCAGACUCUGCUGAGGCAACACGAGGCGCUGGAGGUGGGAAAGUCAUCCAAAUAUACCACUACAGAAAUGCUGGUCUUUGCUGUGUCCCACUGUCUGUGCUGGUCUUUGCUGCGUCCCACUGUCUGUGUUGGUCUUUGCUGCGUCCCACUGUCUGUGCUGGUCUUUGCUGCGUCCCACUGUCUGUGUUGGUCUUUGCUGUGUCCCACUGUCAGUGCUGGUCUUUGCUGUGUCCCACUGUCUGUGUUGGUCUUUGCUGUGUCCCACUGUCUGUGCUGGUCUUUGCUGUGUCCCACUGUCUGUGUUGGUCUUUGCGGUGUCCCACUGUCUGUGCUGGUCUUUGCUGCGUCCACUGUCUGUGUUGGUCUUUGCUGUGUCCCACUGUCUGUGCUGGUCUUUGCUGCGUCCCACUGUCUGUGUUGGUCUUUGCUGUGUCCCACUGUCUGUGCUGGUCUUUGCUGUGUCCCACUGUCUGUGUUGGUCUUUGCGGUGUCCCACUGUCUGUGCUGGUCUUUGCUGCGUCCCACUGUCUGUGUUGGUCUUUGCGGUGUCCCACUGUCUGUGUUGGUCUUUGCGGUGUCCCACUGUCUGUGCUGGUCUUUGCUGUGUCCCAGGACCUGGCUGAGGGAGGUGCUGUCUCUGGUUCGAGGGGAGGCACUGAGCGUGGAGGGAGCGGACCUGGAACAGCUCCUUAAAAAGCACGACGAGUACCGAGUCCAGAUCGACCGACAGCUCGGCAAAUCACAGGCCGUGAAGGAGGAAGGGGGGCGCCUGAUAGAGGGAGGGAACUUCAUGUCCCCAGAGGUGGAGGAGCGUGUCUGUGAGCUGGAGGAGCUGGAGCUGCAGGUGGAGAAGGUUUGGGAGGAAACCAGGCUGCUGUAUGAGGAGGAGCAGGAGGUUUCACUCCUGCAGAGGGAGCUGGAGCAGGCCGAGCGCUGGCUGAGCUCCUACGAAAACACACUGAUGGCCGAGGACUUCGGGGACUCGGUGUCUGAUGUGAUGGAGCUCCUGAAGAGGCAGGAGGACUUGGAAGCUAUGAUCCAGGCCCAGAGCGACCGCUUCAUCGCACUACAGCAGAAGAAAACACAGAGGGAGAAGAGACUUCAUGGAAGUGAGAACACGGACCUUCAGGAGAGAAAACCUCCAGGCAGAGUUUCCUCUCUGAGGAGUAAACCGUUGGACCCAAAGACCCCGCGGACCUCCUCCUCCAGGGACAUCGUGCGUCGAGUCAGCAGCGGCAGGAAGCCGGACAGGCCAAUCAGAUCGUCCAUGUGGGACAAGAAGACCUCCACCAGUCCCCCAAAGAGCCCGUCUCUCCACCCUGCCCUGGACUCAAGCUGGAAGAAACUGGAGGCAGGAGAUGACGCUGACGGUCCUCCUGCUUGUCCCGACGCCAGCCCGAUUUUAGCGAGACUUCAAAGCCGCCAAUUAAACUCGACACCUGGCUCUCCACUCAGAACAUCACCUCCACACCUUGCCUGUCAAACCUCUGUCUCCUCUUCAUCUCCCGAGGAAGACGGACAUCCAAAAUUCAAACCUGCUUUGUCUCCAAAGCCAAACAUUUCGUCCCCUAAAACCUCAGUCUCUUCUUUAUCUCUUGAGGAUGAUCCCAGAUCCAAACCACUUCUGGCUCCAAAGCCCAGAAUCUCGCCUAACGUCCGCUCUGAGCCCCCAAACCAAACGGAGAAAGCUGCUACGCCACCUGGCUCGCCUCCACCAAUCAGAGAGCUCGUUGCUCCGACUGGACCACCGUCUCCGCCCGUCGCAGAAAGAGGUUUCUUUCCCCCUGAAUCACAACCUUAUUCAACGGGGAAAGAGCUAGACAGCGAGCCUGAUCCUCCCGAUUCUCCACCACCUGACUCCCCGGCUGCUGCACCAAUCACAGAGCAGGAUACCGAGUCAGCUGACCUUGCUCCUCCAACGCGUGAGGUGACUCCAUCUCCUCCUCCUCCGCAGCGGCAGAGGAAGUUAGAAGAUCUGCCGGAGGAAGAACGCAGCACAGAGGUAACGGCAGAGCAGCCAAUUAGGAUGGAGGGGAUGCUGGAGAUCAAACUGAAACAAGGAGGAAACAAGGGUCUGGAGCACUGGGAGGAGGUGUUUGCCGUCCUGGAAGGAGAGACGCUGAGCCUGUUUAAAGACCGAGCGGCUGCCGCAGAGAGGGCCUCUAGGUGGCCUCCUAUCAACAUGGACGGAGUUGUUUGCAGGGAGAACGUUUACUACAGGAGGAAGGAGAACACGUUCAAACUGAUACUGCAGGACGGCAGUCAGUACCUGUUUGCAGCGUCCAGCAGAGAACUGCAGCUGCUUUGGGUGAAAAAACUCCAAAACUGCUCCGAAUCUGCCAGCAGCGACUCUGACGACUCAGGGAGAGCGUCAUCGGUCAACCUGAGUUUGGAGAAGUUGGCCGAGGCUCCAGACGAUUCGGCUUCGACCAAACAGCUCGACAAGAGAGCUGAGAGCCUGGAGAGACGAUCGUCCACGGAGGGCCAGCCUCCUCCCAAACCGCCCCACACGUACUACGACAAGCACCACUACCCAGAGGAAGGGGAGAGCAGCACAGAUGCAGAGAGCCGACAAAAGCAGCCUCCUCCUCCUCUGUCCACCGACACCCAGGACCCCCCAACUGUGACCCCCCAGCUUACAGACGACAACACGGGCAAGUCAAGACGGAGCAUCUUCAGGAAGAUUUUCCCCAAGAAGUAAAGCUUGUCAAGUUUAGUUUAGUUUACUAACUAAGAAGUAAAUCUUUAUCGACUCAAUCAAUCCAUCCAGUCACUUUUCUUCAUACUGGGAAGCCAAAUGGUGCCAUGACAAAGAUGUUAAUAUUGAAAUAAUAAGGUUUCACCCCCCAGAAUCGGGGUACAAUUUCCAGCCCUGACACUAGAUGAGGUGUUAUCGAAUGCCAAGUGAAAAUAAUCGUACAUACAAAGUGCUUUUAUUUAAGUGCCUCGCAGAAAAUAAAGAACCCAGGGACUGAAAAAAGGUGAUUAUACAAUUCUCUAAUAAAUUCUCUAAUAAAAAUCUUUGAAAUUAGUCCAGUACUGACUGAGAACACUUUAACCGGCAGCCAUAAACGGGGCUGUUAUGUAACCCUACAGGACAAAUGUUCAGCAUCAGUUAGGGUCCACUAAAAGUUGUGUUUUUGCCACUGACAGACUCUUAUUAUUCUGAU